AUGCCUCGAGAUCCAGAUGUUGAUGCAGAUGCAGCCCAAUUGGCUGCUCAUGGCCAUAAACAAGAAUUAGGACGCAAUUUCUCUAUGCUUUCUAUGUUGGGUCUUGCAUUCGCGAUCCUCAAUUCUUGGACGGCUUUGGCUACAAGUUUAAGUAUAGCUUUGCCAAGUGGUGGACCAACUUCAGUUCUUUGGGGUUUACUCACCGCCGGAGUAUGUAAUCUCUGCCUCGCCGUCUCUCUUGCCGAAUUCCUCUCCGCCUAUCCGACAGCAGGUGGUCAAUAUCAUUGGGUGGCAGUCAUAAGUUGGAAGAAAUAUGUUCCCAUCCUUAGCUGGAUUACCGGAUGGAUCAAUGUCUCUGGUUGGAUCGCACUUGUCGCAUCAGGUGGUCUUCUAGGUUCACAACUUAUCGUCGGCGUCAUUGCGCUCAUGCACCCAAAUUAUGCGCCUCAACGUUGGCAUCAAUUCCUCCUCUACAUCGCAUACAAUAUUAUCGCUUUUAUCAUCAAUGCAUUCAUGACAUCGCUUUUACCUCUGAUCACAAAAUCGGCUUUCAUUUGGUCGAUUGUUGGUUUUACAGUUAUUAGUAUCACAGUCCUGGCGACGGCUUCUCCAGAAUAUAACGAUGCAACAUUCGUCUUCACCGACUUUAUAAACAGCACGGGAUGGCCCGAUGGGGUUGCUUGGCUUCUUGGUUUACUCCAAGCUGGUCUUGGACUCACUGGUUUCGACGCCGUCGCUCAUAUGAUUGAAGAAAUUCCCAACCCAGGAGUUCAAGGUCCAAGAAUUAUGAUAGGAUGUGUUUUGAUUGGUAUCUUUACCGGAUUCAUAUUCCUGAUGGUCCUUCUAUUCGUGGGUGGUAAUGUCGAUGAAAUUAUUGGAAGUUCCGCGGGUCCAUUGCUUCAAAUCUUCUACCACGCGACAGGUAGUAAGGUAGGAGCAAUCUGUCUCCUCAUCUUUCCACUCGUCUGUCUUCUCUUCGCUACUAUCUCCAUUGCAACCACAUCCACGCGCAUGACUUAUGCAUUUGCUCGCGAUCGUGGUCUUCCAUUUUCAAGCGUCUUUUCUAGAGUUCAUCCAAAAUUGGCACUCCCACUUAAUGCAUUGUAUCUUACAAUGGCAUGUGUAUUUCUCUUUGGACUCGUCUUCUUAGGAAGCUCAUCGGCUUUCAACGCGAUUGUUAGUGCCAGUGUAGUGGCAUUAGGUGUCAGUUAUGCGAUACCUAUCUCGAUCAAUUGUCUCAGGGGUAGAAAAUGUUUACCUGAAACAAGGGAAUUCAAAUUACCUGAACCAGUGGCUUGGGUUUGCAACUUGAUUGGUAUUGCAUAUGUCAUGGUGACAACAGUUCUCUUCCUCUUCCCUCCAGAAUUACCUGUUACUGGAAGUAAUAUGAACUACUGCGUAGUAGCCUUCUUCCUCGUCUUCGUCAUAGCAGUAGUCCAAUGGUUCGUGGAUGGCAAAAAGAACUUUACAGGUCCAAGUAUAGAUAUGGACGCCAUGCACCAUGGAGAAGUCGUAGGUAUCGUUGUAGGAGACGAACCUAGUGGGACACCCAGUACAGAUUUUGGAGAGGCGAAGGAUCUUAAGUAA